CUCUACCCCUACUCCUACCACACCCCGUUUCUGGAGUCCUCGUCGAAACCCGGAGGAGUUUGAAGAGAAGGAAUUCCUUCGCACUCUUCUUCUGGAAAUGAAGCAAUAGGAGACUCUUAAGAAGGAGAUGAAGGAUCAAGAGCGGAUCCAGGAGCAACUUAAGGCCGAGACUGCGCGCGAUGCUGAGGCUACAAAGGCCGAACUGCCGGCCUUGCUGGGACGACAAUUAAUCGCUAAUCGUGAUGAUGCCAGACGAGAGGAAGCGCGAAUGAUGAGUACGCCGCCGUCAUCUCGAAGAAGGGAGGCACGUGAUGAUGAGCUCGGUGAGGUGGAUGAUAUCAACGAAGAAAUUCGGAGGUUAUAUACUCUGCGUGAGAAGCGUCCGCGGGGGAAGACAUCGGUAGCUGAUGGGGCCGGUUUUCGACAGCCUACAUUCGACACCGAUAGCUCAACGGUUGAUGAUGCCCACACUCGCGCUGAGUGUUCCAGGCAGGCGGAAGAUAGGAGGAGGAAGGUUUCAGAUGGCGGGGGACCUGAUGGCAUCCUUCACUAUAUCAUCGAGCAGCGGCGGGCUUUGGAAGGACUCCGGCAUGAUCAGUUGAAGAAGAUCUGCGCGGACGAACGUCUCCACUAUUGCACUACGGGGCCGUCAAUUGACCAGAUCAUUGCUGCCCGGACUCGGCUUGCUUACGAAGGUUUCGUCCUAGUACCGGCCCAGGCAGCUACGGCUUCCCCACCACACUCACCGGAAAAUGCUGAAUCGAAUCCCGCAUGACUAACACGUUUUUCCAAAUUUCACCUCUUGCGGAAUUUGCUUCAAGUCAUGCAUAAGCGGACUGUUGCUUUUGUCUCUGAUUUACCCUCUAGGAUUCGAUUGUUGUACGAUAAAUGUUGUACACUAUG